AUGUCAUUCAAACUCCCAGCCAUCUUGUUGUUUCUUAUCUCACUCGCCGCUGUUUACUGCAUCAUAAUACUCCAAGUCAAUAACACAACAUUCGAUCAAUUGGCCGCUAGUCGACUACCUGGAGCACCUUCAGAUGCAGAUUUAGCUUACACGGGGAUCAAAGCGCUUGAUGGGACGCUCGCUGGUAUCAUUUAUUUCGCUUGGAUAGUAGCAGAAGGCGGUUCGACUGCGUUAUCUUUGUUUGGUAUUUAUUUGGUUGGGCAGGUUGUACCAUGUAGCGCUAUUGUGUUGGUGGAAGGGUUGCGAAAGGGUAAUGAAGGCCGGAUCUUCAGGUUUUCUACGGCAUGGAGUCUGCUCUAUCAGUGCGUACCAUGGGGAAUCAUUAUGCCCAUCUACUGCGCAACGCACCUCUGGACCACGAAGAGCAACUCUAAAUCUGCUCUUUUCGUCAACCCAUCAAAAAUCUCAACAUUGCCUAUUGCAGUAACAAUCGGCCUCAUCAUCCCGACCAUUCUCAUGGCGAUACCGUCGACGACGCCAGCUAGACACAACGCUUUUAAUGCCCUUUGGCAGCUCUUCCCGCUCUGGAUAGCCAUCUCCCAAUUCUUCUUAUCCUCCUUCGCACCUACGAUCCCGCAAACAGUAGAAAAUAGCAUAAAAUCCCUCCGCCGACUCUAUCGCUUCUCACUUACAAUUUCAUCGGUCGUCCACCUAUCCAUCCUCGCAAUCUCCAUAGCUCCAGGAUUAUUCACCCAAUUUCUACCACUCGGUCCACUCGAAGCCAUUUCUCCAACCAAAGUCUUCGCUCCAAUGACUCCAUUUAAUAUCACUAAAGCGAGUCUACGAGAAGGAUGUCUGCAUUUGUUACAAUACGACGUCUUUUUCGCGUGUGGCUCUACACUGAUCUGGUCGCUGGUGCAGUGGAAUCAUGUCACUCCUGGGAAGAACCUUGGACGGGUGCUGAAGUUUUUGGGUUGGUGUUUGCUGAGCGGGCCUGGUGGUGCGGCGUUGGUUGCGGUUUGGGGGAGGGAUGAGGAGGUUUUUGGGGAGAGUGGAAGGAAGAAUUUGUGA